AGAUGUUAUAUAUAUAACGCCCGUCUGUCUGUCCGUGUUGGUUUGGACGCGGAGCGAAGUGGCGAAGGAUAUAGAUAUCGUCGCUACGUUUUCCUGUGCUAGCUUCGAUCGUGUUGACCGUUAGAGAUGUCAGGCUACUCGCAGCCCGGCGUAAAGAGGCAGAAAGUCAGAGAAAUUAAGGACGUGGACUUUUUUCAAGGAAUAGAGAAGAUAGAGUAUAACAACAUGGCGGCGACCACGGACACGAGCGUAUAUCGCUACUACAGCGGCAGCGAGCGGGUCCACGCCAGAGCGAUGGAAGACUGGCUCAAGUGCAGUAUCUCGCUCACCGAGUUCAGGAUGAACGGUAACGACAAGACCCGCACCUGGGACGACCACACCAACACCCUUGAAAAUCGCAAGCGCUGCGUCAAAGCCCUAUUUGAGCUGUUAUCCAAGCUCGGGCUUAAGUACUGGACGGCUCUGGACUCAGACCUGGUCGAGUGGGAGGAUCGGCCUCAGUGGGACGAGAUGGUCGAGUUUGUGAACGAGAUGGCUGCGAGAUACCAUGUCAGGCUGCUGUGGUUGGCGCCGGAUUUGCAUACUAAUGCGAGAUAUACAUCCGGAGCAUUAACCAGCCCAGAUGCGUCCACGUUCAUCCACGCCGCCUCCCAAAUAAAGCGUUGCCUCGAGAUGUCGCAACGACUCAACGCCGAGAAUUGCCUCCUCUGGCCUUCCAGGGAAGGUUACGACGCCAUCUUCCAAAGCGAUGUGACGAGGGAGAUCAAGUUGUUCGCCAAACUGCUGAAGAUGACGGCGGAGUAUAAGGACAGGCUGAACUAUAGAUGCCAGUUGCUGAUCAUGCCGUAUUGUAGUGAAGCUAUGACAAACCAGAGAGAAAGAAUACAAAUGCGAGAUGAGAAAGUACACAACUACAUGUGGGAUGUGACAAGCUGCCUGUACUUCUUGAAGAGCUACAACCUGGAGAGGUAUUAUAAGGUGUGCUCGCCGCCCGGACAACAUAUGUAUAUGGCUAAUGUAUACAACAGUUUGGGCGGCGUUACCUUAACGAACGAUUUUGAUCCGUACAACAGCAAAAAGCUGACUUUGAUGAUGAAAUCCAUUGUUGAUCAGGGUACAACGCCCCCUGGCGGCAUCAACCUGAAACUGUACCGCCGCACAACAGACCUCAAAGGCAUCGUGACACUCUACAUGAGAUACGUAGAUGCUCUAGCUAGAGCGCUGAGACUAGCUGCCAACAUCAUUGGAGAGCAGGUUUUCUCUAAACAUGUUCAGCAACGUUACGUAAGUUAUCAUAGCGGGCUGGGCUCGCGACUCGCCAGCGGUGAUGUGUCUAUGGAAGAGUGCGAGGAGCACAACAAGAAGACUCAAAAUCAGCACGAGCCGACGUCAAAAUGCGAACAUUUCGAAGUGGUGUUCCAACGAUACCUCGACACUUGCGACCACAUCUGAUCAUUGUAAAUCGAAAUGAUGUGUAUUCCCAUCUCUUUCACUCCAAUACAGCAAGGGCGAUAGUGAUCGAGAUAGAUAAUUUAGUAGUGAGUGUUACGUAGAUUGUUUGGAAUGUUGUUAAAGUUUGGAAAUGUAGUGGUGUCGGGUAGUUGUGUGAAAGGCAAGGUAUUGAAAAAACCGAAGUUGCGAUUGUCCGCUGAUAGGGAAAAAAUAGAACAGCACUAGAAAUAUAAGAAUGAUGGAUAAACUUCAAAUGCAUUUUUCUCAAACUUGCAAUGAAAUGUUGACAUGACGAAAAUACUACGUAUCCGGUGCGAUGAGUGAAGAUGAUAUGUCAAGGAAAAUCAUACAGCCUUACACACAUAGUAAAGCAACGUUUUUUUUAACACGAAAUUUUGACACAACUUCUUGGAAUCCAACCAUCAAAUAGUAGUAGAUUCGUAUUUUUUAGCUGUGUAAACGAAUAAAAAAAGGACUACAAUUCCUUUUUUAUUUCAUCGUAAGUUUGAGAAAAUCACUAUACAAAUCUCGGCGAAAAACGGGGUUGCCGGCCGCGUAUCACUAUCCCUACUCGCUACGCUCGGCCGUGUAUAUCUACUCGGCCUGCAACCCUUCGUUUCCCGGCCUCUAUAGUAAUGUACCAUUUGUUUAAGUGCCAAUUUUGUAUAAGACUACUUUAUAAAGUACAAGGAGAUUUAUAAUUGUACUAACAAAUAUAUUACAGCAAAAUACUUUAGAAAAGAUCAUGUUAUUAAAAUAGUUUUAAAUAAAGUGUAUUUAUUAA